AUGUCUGCGGAGAGCUCGGGGCCGGAGCCGGGGCCGCUGUGCCCCGAGCACGGCCAGGCUCUGAGCUGGUUCUGCUGCUCCGAGCGACGGCCCGUGUGCGCCGCCUGCACCGGGCUGGGCGGCCGCUGCCGGGGGCACCGCGUCCGCCGGGCCGAGGAGCGCGCGGAAGAGCUGCGGAACAAGAUUGUGGACCAGUGUGAGAGGCUGCAGUUUCAGAGUGCCAGCAUCACCAAGUAUGUGGCUGAGGUCCUGCCAGGAAAGAACCAGGGAGCAGUGAGCACGGCCAGCGCGGCACGGGAACUGGUCAUCCAGAGGCUGGGUCUGGUGAGGAGUCUGUGCGAGAGUGAGGAGCAGCGGUUGCUGGAACGGGUACACGGCGAAGAGGAGCGGGCCCACCAGAGUAUCCUGACACAGCGAGUACACUGGACUGAGGCACUGCAGAAGCUCGACACCAUCCGGACCAGCCUGGUGGACAUGCUCACCCACCUGGAUGACCUCCAGUUGAUUCAGAAGGAACAGGAGAUUUUUGAAAGGACUGAGGAAGCAGAAGGCAUUUUGGAUCCCCAGGAGUCGGACAAGUUAAACUUUAAUGAGAAGUGCAUUCGGAGCUCACUACUUACCCAACUCUGGGUGACCGCGGUUCUUGGGUCCCUCUCAGGCACAGAGGACGUGCGUAUUGAUGAGAGGACCGUCAGCCCCUUCCUGCAAUUGUCAGACGAUCGAAGGACCCUGACCUUCAAUGCCAAGAAGUCCAAGUCCUGUGCAGAUGGCCCGGAGCGCUUUGACCACUGGCCCAAUGCCCUGGCCGCCACCUCCUUUCAGGCUGGGCUGCACACCUGGAUGGUGAACGUCCAGAACAGUUGUGCCUAUAAGGUGGGUGUGGCCUUAGGCCAGCUGCCCCGAAAGGGCUCUGGCAAUGACUCCCGGCUGGGCCACAACGCCUUCUCCUGGGUCUUCUCCCGCUAUGACCAGGAGUUUCGUUUCUCGCACGCUGGGCAGCACGAGUCCCUGGCACUGCUGCGUUGCCCCGCCCAGCUGGGCGUGCUAUUGGACUUGCAGGCACAGGAACUGCUGUUCUACGAGCCGGCCUCGGGUACGGUGCUCCACACCCACCAUGUGCCCUUUUCUGGGCCCCUCUUCCCGGUCUUUGCCGUGGCCGACCAGACCAUUUCCAUCAUCCGCUGA